GCUGUCGUCAUGCGCCGCUUUUCUUUCUGCGUGUAAACUUUGUCUCUUUCUCCCCCCCCCCCCCCCCAACCUCCGUGCGUCAUGGAGUACUGGAGGCAGUGCACCGCGUGGCUCAUCGGCUGCAAGGUGCUGCCGGUCAACCAUCGCGUCACGGCGGACACGGCGCAAGUGUUCGACCUGGCGCAGACGCUGCGCGACGGCGUGCUGCUUUGCCAGCUGCUCAACAACCUCAGGCCGCGCAGUUUCGACCUGAAACACAUCAACCUCCGGCCGCAGAUGUCCCAGUUCCUGUGUUUGAAGAACAUACGCACCUUCCUGACGUGCUGCUGCGACGUGUUCGGCAUGAAGAAAAGCGACCUGUUCGACGCCUUUGACCUGUUUGACGUGCGCGACUUCGGAAAGGUGAUGGACACUCUAUCCAAGCUCUCGUACACAGCAAUAGCACAGCAAGGAGGAUUCAAGCCUUUCCCCACAGAGGAGAGUCUAAAGGACGAGGAUAUUUACAAUCACCUGGAAGACCUGAUUGAUGAAAAUGCUUUGGAGAAUGAGGAGGAUUUGUAUGCAGCGCUGUACAGCCUAGAAGAAGACUAUGUAGGCGGAGAGAUUUACGAAGACCUCAUGAGGACCGAGCAGCAGGUACGCACACACACAAUGACUAUACUGUAUCACUGUAUUAGAAGCUUGCUGAAAGUACUUUUUAUCCCUUCGUUAAGAUUCACAGCGAGACACGUUUAUUUCCAGAAGCAGGUCGAGAUGUCAGAUGUUCGCAGCUGCUGCCUCUCCGAGAUCAAGCAGACGGAGGAGAAGUACACGGAGACGCUGGAAUCCAUCGAGAAGUAUUUCCUCAACCCGCUCAAGAAGUUAUUCUCCGUGGCCGAAAUCGACCAAGUGUUUGUCAACAUCCCAGACUUGGUGAGGGUUCACAAGAGCCUAAUGGCGGACAUUCAGGAUUCCAUCCUCAACAAGAACGCUUUAAAUCUCUACCAGAUCUUCAUCAACUACAAAGAGAGACUUCUCAUCUACGGUGUCUACUGCAGCCGAGUGGAGAUUGCCAUCGCCGUGCUGGACCUCAUCUGCAAGGAGAAGGAGGACGUCCGACUCAAGCUGGAGGAGUGUUCCAAGAGGGCCAACAACGGCAAGUUUACCCUGCGGGACCUGCUGGUGGUCCCCAUGCAGAGGGUCCUCAAGUACCACCUUCUGCUCCAGGAGCUGGUGAAACACACUCACGACACCACGGACAACAGCAACCUGAAGGUGGCGCUGGAAGCCAUGAAAGACCUGGCUCAGUUUGUCAACGAGGUGAAGAGAGACAACGAGACUCUACGCGAGAUGGACCAGUACCAGCGCUCCAUCGAGAACCUGAAUCAGCCUCUAAUGCGCUACGGUCGCCCGCGAGGAGACGGAGAGGUUCGCAUGGUGUCCAACUUUGACCGCAGGAAACUGGACAGACACCUGUUCCUGUUCGACGUGGCCGCCGUGGUGUGCAAGCGACGCGGCGACAAUUACGAGAUGAAGGACGUGCUCGACCUCAACGUCUUCAAGAUCACCGACAACCCCGUGUCGGACAAAGAGGGCAAGAAGUGGUGUUACGGCUUCUACGUGACACACCAGCAGGGUCACAUGGGCUUUGAACUCUUCUUCAAGACCAAAGAGCUGAAGAAGAAAUGGCUGGAUCAGUUUGAAAUGGCUGUAUCUAACAUCCGACCGGAGUUGGCCAAGCACAACGGUCACCAGUUCAAGAUGCACACCUUUGACAGAAUCUCCUCCUGCAGCUUCUGUCACCUGCUGCUCAGGGGCGUCUUCAACCAGGGCUACAUCUGUUUCAAAUGUGCGCUGGCUGUCCACAAGGAGUGCCUGGGUCAGCUGGGACUCUGCAGGAGGAUGGAGUCAUCCAAGCAUCGCUCCAAGGUCACGCUGAUCCCAUCUUCCAUGUCUCCUCAGGAAGGCGCAACACCUUCAGACCCAGGUCUUCCCAGGAUGCUGGUGAUCCGAGACUACGACGGCGCCCCCUGCCCGCCGUGCGGACUCCCGCUGUGUGCCCGCGUGGGCGACGUGAUCGAGCUGAUGUUCGCCAACCUGCACAGCUCCUGGUGGCAGGGCAGAAUCCCGGCGAGCGGCAAGAUUGGCUUCUUUCCCAGUGACGCCGUGAGGCCUUACCCCUGCCUACCCAAGCCUGUCGAUUACUCCGCACAACUCUGGUUCGCAGGGCCCAUGGAGAGGUGCCAGGCUGAGGAGGAGCUCCAAGACCGCGGGAACAGCACCUAUCUGGUUCGGCAUCGGAGGAAAGAGUGCACAGAGUACGCCAUUAGUAUAAAGUUCAGCGACAGAGUCAAGCACAUUAAGAUUCUGACCAAGGACGGCUGCUUUUACAUCGCCGAGAGUCGACUCUUCAAAACUCUGCUGGACCUGGUGGAGUAUUACAAGCAGCACUCUUUAAAAGAAGGCUUCAGCAGCCUCGACACCAAUCUGCGCGUCCCUUACCGGGAAUGCUCCGACGGAAACUCGCCUUGGGCUAUUAGCAAGACUGGCAGCGUGUUUUCGCCAAAGGCGGUGGCCGUGGCCGUUGCUCGCUACGACUUCAGCGCCAGAGAUUCUUGGGAGCUGUCUCUACUGCAAGGAGACGUGGUCAACAUCUACACCAAGACGUCCAACGGCUGGUGGAAGGGGGAGGUGGCGGGCAAGGUGGGUUGGUUUCCUUCCACCUACGUAGAAGAGGUGGACUGACUCAGCCGGGUGACGGAUGUCCCGUCCAUGUGACCCUGACGCUGUGUCACACCCCCGGCACGCCACAUCUCUUUGAUGGUGCUGGGAAAAAUUAAACAGGAAGGGUCCGCACCCUCUCAAACCUUCUCCUGCCUAACCCCCGCUGACAGGACUCUUAUGCAAAGCACAUGUCAAGUCACAGAUUCGCAUCUAGACCCCUCCCUUCGCUCACAUACCCCCACACUUGUUCAGUCCCCUUCCUUCCCCGACUCACCUUGUCUUAUUAUUGAUGACUCGGUUGGCUGGUGUGAAAGUUGCCUUGGCUGUCGUCAUGUUGCGUUAGCGGGGAAGGCUCAGUCAGCCGGCUGGAAGGCUGGCACGCGCCACCAGGCUGAAGCUGGAACUCACUUGUGGUCACAAGUCAUGUAAAUAAACGAUUAUUUAAUUGA